UUCCUGGAGCCAAAUAUAUUUCUCCUCAACGACCAGCAAGUAAACGGCACUUAAAUAUCGGAAUAAACAUCUUAUCCAUAACAGUCUUUAAAACGGGGACUUUUUUAGUUGUGAUGUGCAAUAUAUAGCUCUGUAUUAACUCUAACGUCCGACGCGUUGAAGGUAUUUUUAUAGACAGUGAAGUCGCUGACAGCUCAGGCUCCUCAUCACGGCGUUUCGUUCAACCUACAUCUAUAACAUAGUUUACGUUAAGUUACACUGAAAACGCUGCUUAGCUGAGUCCAUGUAUCACGCGGAGUUACUACUGAACGGUCCCAUUUCCUUCUCAAAUGAACUCUGCGAAUGUGUUCGUGGUGAAAAGUCGAGUCUGUAAGCUAACCGGCAGCUGGUCCCCUUUGCUUUCAAUGCCGGCUGAAAUGGAGGAACAUGUGACGUUGCCAUAAGGGUUCGAAUUAUAACGGUGACCUUAGACGCUCUCUGCCACCGCUCGCCGCCGUAGCUAGAGGACUAUCAAACUGUUCAUGAUGCACCAGCAGGGCUCGUUGAUGCCAGCCUUGCUUGAUGAUGUACUCUGCCAGUGCCGGUCGGCCGAGACCCACUCGGGGGUCGACCCGGGCGGCGGAGGCGUGCAUGCCGAGGACGCCUCAUCAGUUUCCUCAUCUAAACCAGUCUCCCGACGGCCCGUGGCCGGCGACUGGCACUCUGACCCUGACCAUUCAGCGCAUCCAUGUGACAUAUGUGGAGGGCCCGAGCAGGAGCAUAGACUGAAAGUACUGUUCCAGGUCCUGGAUGUGAACGGUGAUGGAGGCAUUUGUGUAAACGACCUAACGAUUGGGCUGAAGAAAUUAGGGGUAUAUCGCACCGAGCAUGAGCUCAUGAAAAUAGUGAAAGCAGGGGACAAAGACCUGGAUGGACAGUUAGACUUCGACGAGUUUGUUCAUUAUCUCAGAGACCACGAGAAGAAACUCCGGCUGGUCUUCAAGAGUUUGGACAAGAAGAACGAUGGUCGGAUCGACUCACAAGAAAUAAUGCAGUCUCUGCGAGACCUGGGAGUGAACAUCUCUGAGGAACAGGCUGAGAAGAUUCUUAAAAGUAUGGAUAAAGAUGGUACAAUGACGAUUGACUGGAAUGAGUGGCGGGAUUACCACCUCCUGCAUCCAGCAGAGAACAUUCCUGAGAUCAUCCUCUAUUGGAAGCACUCCACGAUCUUUGAUGUUGGGGAGAGUUUGAUGGUGCCUGAUGAGUUCACUGCAGAAGAGAAGCAAACAGGAAUGUGGUGGCGACACCUGGUGGCCGGAGGAGGAGCCGGGGCAGUGUCUCGAACCUGCACCGCACCACUGGACAGGCUCAAAGUACUCAUGCAGGUUCAUGCCUCUAAGAGCAACAGCAUGCAUAUUGCUGGGGGCUUCGCCCAGAUGAUCCGAGAGGGUGGUGUGAGGUCACUGUGGCGAGGGAACGGCAUCAAUGUCAUCAAAAUUGCCCCUGAGUCUGCUAUUAAGUUCAUGGCCUACGAACAGAUUAAACGAUUAAUUGGAAGUAACCAGGAGACAUUGGGCAUCACAGAGAGACUGCUGGCUGGCUCUCUGGCUGGAGCAAUUGCUCAGAGCAGCAUCUACCCCAUGGAGGUCCUGAAGACACGGUUAGCCCUGAGGAAGACGGGUCAGUACUCGGGCAUCUUGGAUUGUGCCAAACAUAUCUUCCGGAGGGAGGGUGUAGCUGCUUUUUACAAGGGCUACGUCCCCAACGUGCUUGGCAUCAUCCCCUAUGCUGGUAUCGACCUGGCUGUCUAUGAGACUCUGAAGAAUUCAUGGCUGCAGCGCUUCGCCACGGACAGCGCUGACCCGGGAGUGUUUGUGCUUCUGGCCUGUGGCACCACUUCCAGCACAUGUGGGCAGCUGGCCAGCUACCCACUUGCCCUGGUCAGGACUCGAAUGCAGGCACAAGCUACCCUGGAAGGAGGCCCUCAGAUGAACAUGACGGGCCUCUUCAGACACAUCAUUAGGACAGAGGGGGCCACGGGACUUUACCGAGGCCUGGCACCCAACUUCAUGAAGGUCAUUCCAUCUGUCAGCAUCAGCUACGUGGUUUAUGAGCACCUCAAGAUCACCUUGGGCGUCCAGUCAAAGUGAAGAGGGAGGCAGACGGAGAAAAUCAAGAGGCCAAAGGUUUUUUUUUUUUUUUGCUUAUCUUUUGUGCUGAAGAUGAACUGCUUUAGGAUCUAAGAAACAAGCAGCUGAAAUUCUACACAUUUAAAUCAAAUUAUCAAAUUCCAGGGUUUAAAGGAUAAAAGUGAGAUGAUGUAAAUGAAGAGGAAUGGAAGUUGUAAGUGGACAGACUGAUGAAGACUUUCUGGAAGGAGGAAAGCUUAACUGAAGCAAUUACCGGUAUUGUUUGCUGUUAUUUUAAUCAUUCCUUUAGCAACUCAGAAGAGCUGUAGCACCUGUUAACAAAUUCAUAGAAGGUGUUUACUUUGUGUACCAGUAAACUAUGACUGUUUGUUUUGGGCACUGACAGUGCUUUGGCAGGAGCAAUCCUGCUGGUCCUUGUAAAAUAAGAAUCCUUGUCUUGAAGGGCUUUGCUAAGGUAUAUCAUAGAGCAUUCCCCAUAUCUCCUUAAUGGAAGACUGGGACACUUCUAGUCAUCAAAAGUACAGUGACUGUGCACAGAGCUGAGGUGGAUACAACCUUUGCAGGUAUGUAAAUUACCUUGCGCAUGUAAUAUGCUCCGUUAUGCUGAUUUUAGAUGUUUGCCACAGCACAGCAUUGUUCACCUCCAAUGUGAUCAAUGGUGACUAUAUGAGACUUAAAAUGAGACUUAAUUGAAUUACGAACUUAGUAGAAAUAUAUUCAACUGCAAGGUUCUAACAGUUCAAGAGCUAUUUCAUGUCUACAAACUUUACUGUGGCCUGACAAAAUCCUUUGUAGUGCCAUCGUUUAUCCUUCCUUCCAUUACCUUGCAUGAAGACAAAAAUCUAAAAACAUUAACUUUCAGUGCAUAGGCUUCCUGCAAACUAAUAGAUGAUAGGCCAUGCAUAUAAAAAAGAGUCACAACUAAACUGUCACAAAUAGUAGUAGUAGUAAUAGUGAACUUUUCCAUUACAGACACUCCAACCUUCCCCACAGGCCUAAAUGUGAACUUUUCAAAAGUAUUUUGUCAUGAAGUUGUUAAUGCUUCCAAAGGGAUGAAUCUUGAAUGUUGAGUCUAGCACUACCUUUCUAUUAAGCUUACCCUACCUCUGGUAAGGAUCGAGGAAUCGCAUAAUUGUCAUUACAUUGUUUGUUCCGUCAACUGCUUGCUGUGGGGUGUCAGGAACAUUGCAGCUAGUGAGGAAGUUUUGACGAGCAGGUGAAAAAGGUAUGGAUGUAGAUUCAUAAUUUAUUUUAAUUGCAAAGCUGAAGAUUCUGUACAGUGAACUGUACUGAGCUGUCAAGCAGUCAUACAUUGUGCACUUCGAAGGUCCUUGAUGUAAAUAUGUAGAGUACUCUACUACUACUUGGCUGAGUUUUGCCUUAGGCAGAAUUACUCAGUUAUGGCUGUUGAAUUUCUCAACUUUUUCAUUUAAAGCAAAACUUUGGCUGAACAGUGUCCACUUUCCACUUUGGCCACAGCUGAAAAUUGCAGGAUAAUGGGACAAUGAAUUUCCUUUUGUUUCCCCAAAUUCUCCUGAGUCGGUUGCUUGAAAGACGUCAGUUACAUUCAGUCAGCAGCUUUAAAGAGUAAAAUAUGACCACAAGCAGAAAACAACAUGUCUUCUGGUGAGGUAUAGUGUGUUUACUUCUUGUUCUACAUUCGUGAUAAAACCACUCAAAUGUUUAUCUGUAACCUGAUAUACUGCAGUGAACAGUGGCACAUUAACAGAGAGGUUAUAAUGUCAGUGAACUGACUCAGUAGUGUCAUUUAUACAGCAUAUCUAUCUACAGCUUGCUAACAUUUGCUACUGGUCAUACCAGAAAAGUUAAGACUCUAGCAGCAAAACCCCUGAGUGUGUUGAACUUUGAGAGGCGUGUUUUGUUUGUUAUUAAUUCAACUUUUUAGGAUAGAAAAUAUCUGAUCCCAAAAACAGGUGACAGGACAUUUUACAGUGUCAGAAUAAGAAAAUAAUAUAAUUAAACAAUAUGUAAUUAACAAAAUUAACCUUUUAAAAAUCUCAUAGAUAUAGAAAAAUAUAUAAUCAAAGUAAUAGGGAGUUUUUUGUCGUUGAUGUUGAUGGGGAGGGGGUUGGUUGUUUGUUUUUUUGUUUUGUUUUUCUUUUCCUUCCAUUAGAUACCACAGAGAUGAACUCAUCAAACAUUACACCAGUCUUGUUUUGCUUUGGCAGCAUUAUCUUUUCGGUACCAACAGUAUAAUAUUGUGACUGUUAUCAUAAGUUCAGCAUGUUUACCUUUCAGUUUCCCUUUUGACUAGAUUAAUGACUACAAGAGAGACUUUCUGACAAGGAUUUACAGUUUAAAUUACAGUUAAAAGCUUUUCAAAUGCUGUUGAAAGCUGGAUCUUUAAGGAAUAUUUCACCACCUUGUUGGCUUGAGACAUUUCCCAGUCUGGUACAAUGUAAAUCAACACUCCUUUAUGUCACAUGGCAGGAGAUCCAAGCACAGGAAGCUCUCUCUGCCUGACGAAUGCCUGUGUCAAAUGGUCACACAUUCCCGUUAGUGCCUUGUGUGCCAAGCCUCUCUUACAUAAAUGCACCAAAACACUAUAAGAGGUUGAGUCUGUGGGACACUGAAUGCACCUUAAAAUACGCUGCUUUAAUUCCUGUUUUUGUUUAAUUUAUUACUGUAUUUAUUUAUUUAUUCUUUCAAAAAGGAAUAAUGAGUGAAUUUGUGAUGUAUUGGUUGUACUGACUAAUUUCAUUUUCACGUGGCUUUGAUUUGAUUUGAUUUUAGAGUGACCUGUGGUCUUGGUGAAAAACUGAGGCUCAUGGUUUGUUUUUGAAUGAUAGAAGUGACUUUAAUGUAUGUCAAAGCCUCAGAUACGGGGCCUGAAAGUGUUCAAUAGUAAAUAAAUAAGGGGGGGGGUCAUUUAUUAUUUAAAAAUAUAUAAAUGAACCAAUUUGUGAAGUAAUCGCUGGACGGUUAGAGGGUGUGGAUAAUGUAUCCGGUUGUGUAUGGAUGCUAAUCGUUGCCAUGAAAAAUGAAGAACAGUAGUUACCUGACGUAACUCCAGUACUAUGAGUGUAACGGGCUUCGCUAUUGGUUAACCCCCUUUGAGGCUGCGCCUCGGCACCCUGAGUAAGAUCUUUGCACUCACCCUAGCGCAUGCGCUGCUCGUCUCCCUUUGCAACUCAGCAACAUCUACUGAAAAGGGGGCCAGCUAAGCCUCCAGUCAGAGGUCUACGCACGUACUCAUAGAACUGGAAUUACAUCCAGUAACCACUUUCUAUUUAGUAUGCGCUCCACCCAAUAACGGGCUUCGCUACUGGUUAAUACAGAAGGUGAAGGCCAUUAGGAGACUGAUGUAGUCCCAGCUAUACCCCAGCCUGGACUCCUAAAGGCCAGCAACUGACUGGGUGAGAGAAAAACCAAAAAAAAGGAGCCUAGUCCCACAGCUCAGGCACCGCCCCAAGAGCGGGCGCGUUCAAAUGGAACGCCUCGCCCGAGUCGGCGCCAAAGGCAGGCACAUGACCGGCCCUCAACGAGCAAAGAUGGCGAUAUGCCCACGUCUUUCAAACACCCUACGAACGAGGCGAAUUUCCACCUUUAUCUCGGCGACAGUCACCGCCACGUUGACUAUAACCCUAGCCUCUCACAAGGUGGCAGUGUUGACAAGGACAGGUUGUCCGGAAAGCCAGCCAGGAAAGCCACGGCGCUAGCCAGUGCCACCACCUGAGGGGCACCAGUGUAGCAGUUGGUUGAGCAUGGUGGCUGUAAAUCUGAGCCUCUGACAGAAGGUAAUGGCUGACCUACGAUAUUAGCGACUGAAUACCACUUUUUUUUUUUUUUCUUUUACCAGGUUCUACAAACUUUUUUUUCUCACCCCGGAAAAAGUCAAAAAAUGUCCUCCCUGUCCCCCUGUGGAAAUUUUGCAUAUGGGCAGUGACAACAUCACUGUCCUGAAAAUAGAUGUGAAAUAGUUAUUGGGGAAAAUGCCAUAAUGAAAUAAGAACAGACUUUUGAAAUAGGACAUUUUGAAAUAAAAUUUUCUAAUAUGAUAUAAAAAUGAAGUCUUAUAAAACGUGUGUGAAUAAGAUUGAUGAUAUAACGUCAUAAUGAUGACUUGGGUUUUAAUAAUUCCUUAAGUUAUUUCACAAAAUAUUGUUUCAUUUAAAUAUAUUACAAUUCUUCCAUGUAACAAUUUAUUUUAGAAUUACUCAUGUAUUUUAUUAUUGAACAUUUUUGGUCUCCAUACAGAGAAUUUACCUUGGGAUUUCACAUCAGCAGCAGUUUAUGACGAUAAAACAGGAGGCAUUUCAGCUGCAAACACUGCUCAGACAUAAGAACAGCUGACUAUCAAGAAUAAACACAUUCUCGGCAGUGAAAGAUACAAUCUGAACAAGAUCUCUUCAUAGUGAAUCAAGUAUAUGUUGUGGAAAGUACUGUAAUAAAAGGACGGAUGUAUUCAUUAAAAGCCCAGUUCCCCUGCUGUACAAACCAAUGUGCUAUACAAUCUGUGUGUCUCUCUGGUAGAACUGCAGUCUCACAUGUUGGACUGUGCCUUUGACCUUCAGAAUGCCAGGAUGCUUUGUCAACUGCCUUACUCCAGCAUCACAUCUGCUUUAGAAAUCAUGCUGUGUCUGCUAGCAGAUGGAGAAGAGAUAAUGGGCUUACAGUUGCUGAUUUGAGUGUUGAUCCUCUUUCGCAGGUUUGGAAGCAAAUGUCUCAGUCCAUCCCUCCUUCCUCCUCUUGCUUCCUGGCACGAGUGUUACUCUGACCCUUUGCUCUGAUAUCAUAUAUGCAUAAUUUGUGACACAGAAUUAUGUCACCCUGUGGCUGCCUUUUUAAAUGAGUUCUGUAUUUUGUACAGUUUAAAGUAAUUAUCUAAUGUCUUAAAAGUAGACCUUAUGUUGUGGCAAAUCAACAUACAGACAAUGCUAGUGGAACUUGAUACAUUUACUUGAUACAAGAAUUUAUAGACUAUACAAACUGAAGGCUACAAUGUAUAUUGGUAGCUGGUGGCAUAGUUUACAAAAAGUAUUAAGUAUAUAUAUUUCUAUUUUAUUUUACUAUGCUAGCUAUAACUGACAGAGAUGCAACAAUUGCAUAUGUGAUUACAUCUUUCCAUGUUUGUUAAUGCAUCCAAUGAAAGAAUGUUAUGUUGAAAAUAUUUAUGCUUGUAUGACAUCAGCUGUUAAAUAAACUAGUUCAGCAUUGAA